CACAAAAUGAUGAUCGAAAAAAGCGACCACGUACAGCAUUCUCAGCAUCUCAAAUAAAGGCGCUUGAGACGGAAUUCGAGCGUGGAAAAUAUUUAUCAGUGGCAAAGAGAACCGCAUUGGCAAAACAGCUACGGCUCACUGAAACUCAAAUUAAAAUUUGGUUUCAAAAUCGUCGAACCAAAUGGAAGCGAAAGUAUACGUCGGAUGUGGAAACAUUAGCCUCACAAUACUACGCACAUAUUGGAAUCGGUGGUAUAGCACGACCAAUGGUCGUUGGAGAUCGAUUAUGGUUAUUCAGCCAAUCGCCAAAUAUGACUCAACCACAACCGAUGUUGCCACCAAACCAUGAUGCCAUUACAUUUCGAAAUUUUGGUCCCACACAAACGGUGCAACCUGCCGUAAAUGUUUCUCUGCCGAUGCAGCCAUCUCCAGCAACCCGAAUGCCAAUAUUUCCAAAUCGUUUGGCACAGUUUAAUCUAUUUGGUGCUGGACCUUCAUCAACAAAUCCCGAUUCAACUCUUUACCGUCAAUUUCUAUCUACUCCAAAUGCUUCAAGUAAAUUUAAUGCAACCGUUGAUAAUAAUUUCUUUCCACCACCAACCAAUCAAUCCAAAGACUUAAUCAACAAAUUACUCUGGACAAAUGCAUUCACAAACAAACCAAUAAAAGACUCAUAUUCAUUUCCCGGAUACAAUGAUACAGACACACUUCCGAAUCCCAAACGGAAAAGCAAUGAAAUUGGUGGAAUAGCUGAAUUGGAACGAGUUUUUGGGGCAACAAAUACAAUUGAAACACAAGAUAAUACCGGAUGUCUUAGCGAAGAAAAUAGUGAUGUUGACUGUGAACAGCUGUAAUAGAUUUGAAAUAACAAAUUAAAUGAUGUGUAAAAUCAUUUUGGAAACUCUUUCGAACAUUUUUAAUUCUCAAUUUUGAUAUGAUUGUUCUACUUAAUAACCAUCAAAUGAUGGAAAAUCCAUUUAGUUUUUAGACAAAAUAUACUAUUGUAUUCAACAAAAUAAUUAAAAUAAAGAGAUAUUUUUUUCAUAUAGAAUAAGAUGUUUAUAAA